UACGUAACACCGAGUUCAUAUGUAUCACGUUUUGUUACCAAGCCGUCUAUCGCUCAUGCCGGUUUCCGUUGACUCAAAAGGUACAUAACUGAUACGAAAGAAAAAAAAAUCCGUCCCACCAAUCGCAUAAUCCCCAGAUAACAUUUCCGAGAAACCGGUGCGAAUUCUGCGAAUUUCUUCGGCCCAGCGCGUGUCGUCAGCCCAUAUUCGGCGUACCGUUUCCUGGUGACACAUUGUGUAAAUGCUAAUGGAACCGAACUGAUUGUAUGCAAAGCCGGUGAGUUGUCAGUCAUCGUUUCGCAAUCCCCCAGCGACCAUUUGCUCGCAAUGAAGGAACCCGAGCGGAAAUUGCGGUUUCUUUUCAUUCAUUUGCCCGAAAUUACGAAAUUCCCGGUUUCUCCGAAGCGCCAUCUGGUGGUGGACAGGUCGGGCGCUGCAGUUGCCUGCACUGGAUCUGUGUCGAGUCGCGAGUAGUGCCGUAAAAAAGACAAAGACGUUUGACAGUGCGAGCGAUUUUUUGCCCAAAGUGCCCAGAAUCGGCCCCAUUUCCCCGAAGGACGCGACCCAUCCGCCCGUGGAGCCCGCAAUGGGGCCCAGUGAGUGAUGUCGGCGGCCUGGAGCGCGCUGGAACGCAUGUGUCUUAAUCGCCAGUGCGGACGUCCACAGCGGUCCUUCCUGCCUUUAAAGGGCCCCGUCGGGGGGCAGCGCCCGCGCUCGACGGACCCCGGGGCCCCGGGCCCCCUGUGACGCCGCUCGCGCGACUGCUGGCCCAAAAUUGUGUCUCUCGGGCAGUGUGCGAUUUUUUCAAUGUUACCAACAUUGUCCAGUGCACAACAUCAAUUUAUAAACAUUUCGCGGACCCAAGAAGCAGCACUUUUAUGGGGCUGUGCUCCAGUUGCGGCAAAUCCAAGGACCGAUUUAAAGAUAAAUCGUCGAAAAUAUGUGGCCAACUGCAUUCGGUUGUUACACCCCUUCAUGCGGCACAUGAACCGACGAGUUCGAACAAUUUGAACGGGCAUCUGCCUGUUCAAAAUCACGUCAACAAUUACAACAGGCCGUAUUCGACGAAUAUGGCCACUUCGUUCCCUAACAUGAACAUCACCAAUCCCAUAAGGGGGUUGGUCAGCAAGAGGAGGAACCGGUACAAGCAGGAUGGGUUCAAUUUAGACUUGACAUACAUAACUGACAACAUCAUCGCCAUGGGUUACCCAGCUUCGAACAUCGAAGGAGUCUAUCGGAACCACAUCGACGACGUCGUCAAGCUCCUUGACUCGAAGCACAACAACCACUACUUCAUCUACAACCUGUGUUCGGAACGCAACUACGACAAAUCCAAGUUCCACAACCGAGUACAAAGUUUUCCUUUCGACGACCACAACCCGCCAAAAAUCGAAUUGAUACAGCCGUUCUGCCGCAACGUCCAGGAGUGGCUGUCGAAGAACCCCGAAAACGUCGCCGUGGUCCAUUGCAAGGCGGGCAAAGGUCGGACGGGCACCAUGAUCUGUUGCUAUCUUCUUCACAGUGGCGCCUUUGCCACGGCCGACGAGGCCCUAAACCACUACGGUCAGGCGCGGACGCAGGAUCGCAAGGGGGUGACCAUUCCCAGCCAAGUGCGCUACAUAAGGUACUAUGAAACCCUACUAAGGGAGAGAUUGAAGUACGUUCCCGUAUGUAUGUACAUCAAGCAGAUCAUCCUGGAACCGGUGCCGACGUUCGCAGGAGGCCAGGGGUACGUCUGUUUCUCGAUAUCUCAACAGACGCUGCAGGAGCAAGGCGACCAGCACACUCAGAAAUGUAACAAGUUGUACAAAAGUGGCGUUUACGAAGUGAAAAAGGGAGUGUCGAAGUUGGUGAUCAAUAUGGAUCUGUGUGUUGUGUUGGUCGGUGACAUUAAGAUCGAGUUUUAUAAUAAGUCGAAAAUCGGUAGGAAAGAAAGAGUUUUCCAGUUUUGGUUUAAUACGUUCUUUGUUGUGAACCAAGCGGACAAUUCGAACGGUUUCAUCGAACAGAAUGGUAGUGGUGCGUGCGAACAAACUUACGUAUUGACGUUGAAGAAGGACGAACUCGAUAUUGUGAAUAAAAAAGACAAGCAGAAUAAGGUGUUCAGUGCCGAUUUUCAGCUUACAUUAUUGAUUGAAAAAAUUAAAAGCCAGUUGAAUUGGCCGAGUUACGCGCAGGAAAUUCCUCGUCUGUCGCAAGACACUCCAAGCGAAAGUUCCGAAGCUGAAUGGUCAGAAGCUGAUUCAGCCGAAGAAGGCUGGGAAAGCGGGGAGUCCACGUACCUGUGAAUGGGAGGCUCGAAGGGCAUGCAUCGAACAAAACUGUAAAUAUUGCAUGUAACAAAGGGAUUGUGUCAUUUUUUUAUUUUUUUAAUCAUCCAUUCAUCCGCUUGCUUUUAAUCGAAAGAGUUUAAAAUCAGUCAAAACACCUUUUUUUGUUAUUAUGAGAGUACAAAUGCUUUUUUUGAUCUCAUUUCAUUUUAUCUUGCCAAUGUUAGUACUUUGGUUACCGGUUACGAUAAGAUUUGCCAUUUUUCCCCUAACCCUACACCUCCCUAACGUUUAGGGAAAUUUAGAAAUGAACGACACUAACCACUAGCGAACCGAAUUGCCAGUACAACGUGAAGACUGAGUUAAUGAAAAUAUAACUACGAAAAAUUAAAUUCGAUUCAAAAGUAUACGAUUUUCUUGCUGAGACUUCAGUUCUAACUUUCCCUAAUUUUAUUGUAAAUUACAAAGUUUCUCUCUUCCCUAGAAAAGGCUGUUAAAUUAUUUUGUUAAGACCAAUUUGUAUGCUCGAAUUGAAUUUAGUGUAUAGUUGUUUUUUCCAAUGUAUUUUUUACAUUUUAGGAAGUACCUUUUUAUAAGUUAAACUAGGAACUUUUUUUUUGUUUCGACAAUAGAAACAGGAGUGUACUUACGUACUUUUGUUAAUGUUUUAACUGAUUUUAAUUGUUGUUUUUACUGAAAUCUCAACCCAGUGUUAUAAUUUUCAAAAUUAUUUUAAACUACUUAACGUGGUACCAACCAGUUCAUGUGAAAUUCUAUUGUAAGGUUCAAAGAAAGAAAACAAACGUGACUGCUUCAUUAU